AUGACAAUUCAAGAAUCAGAAGACAUUAUCAAUAAUGAUGAUGAUGAAACGAGUCAAUUUCAAGAUUUACAAAUCGUCGAUGAAGAUGGAAUAGGAGGAGCAUCGUAUAUUAUUACUUCUGAUCAACACGGUGAUGACAGUGGUGAUGAAAACGGUGUUUCUCCGAAAUCAUUAAUCAAGAAGAAGAAUCAAGAAAUAGACAACGAAGAGGAACAAGAACAAGACAAUGUUCCAUUAAAAGAGGAAAAAAGUUCAAUGGUAAAAGAUUUUAAUCUAACCUCUGAAGAGAAAACAUUAGGAUAUUAUAUUGGAUUUUUAGCAUCAACAUAUUAUGCAUCACAAUUAUUUUCAAGUUUCUUUUGGGGAUGGUUUUCAAAUUAUAAGGGACGUAGACCAUCGGUAUUGAUUGGAUUGUUGGGGUCGAUGACAUAUAGUACCAACCAAGCUCGUGCCUUUUCAUUUAUCGGAUUGUCUUGGAGUAUUGGAGGUAUCGUCGCUCCUUUAAUCGGUGGUCUCUUUUCAAAUGUUUGUAAACAGUAUCCUGGAUUAUUUGAUCCUGAUCAAGAAGAGAAUAUUAUGUCUUCAUCUGCUGACUCUGGUUCUAAUCAAAUUACAUCAUCAUCAUCGAUUUUUUGCAAAUUCCCAUACAUGUUACCAAAUUUAAUGUGUGUUACAUUUUCAAUUAUUGGAUUUGUAUUGGCCUAUUUUUACUUGGCCGAAUCCAAGACGUUUACGAUCAAGUAUAGCAAGUCAAGUUUAUCUCUGGCCAAAAAGUACAGACAAAAAGCUGGUGGCGGCACCAGCAGCACAAACACCUCGGGUGUUCUCGGACACAUCAAGCAGCUCAGCAAGAGAGUGCGCACAUUGUUCAGAUCGACAAUGGGCACUUUCAACUUGUUGGACACCAAAGAAAGAGGAGGAAAUAUCCAAGACGAAGAUGGCGUUGACGACGACGCCGACUUGGAACGUGCCGACGAUCUCCCACAACUCGGAUCAUCCAUUGAAAUGCAAUCCGACGGUGAAGACGAAGAUUUGUCUGAAAACCCACGUAGCGUAUACGAACUCAUCAAGGAUAAACCAGUCAUCUAUUCAUGUCUAGUUUAUGCAUUAUUAGGUUUUAUGUUUACUAUUUUUGAAGAAGGUUUCCCUGUAUUUGCACCAAUUACACGUACAAUUAAUCCAAAUACAGGAGAACCUGAAGGUGGAGGAUAUGGAUUUAGUAGUAGAGAUAUUGGUAUUUUACAAAGUACAGCUGGUAUAUUUGCCUUUUUCAUCCAGACGUUUGUCUUUCCACCGAUUGCCAAGUGGCUCGGUCUGGUAAAGUCAUUCCGUCUAUCACUACUUAUUGUCUUGCCAGCUUGGAUCUUUUUACCAGAACUUUCAAGAUUCACCAUUGCCAAGGUUGGAUCGACCGUUGCUCAACACCCAACCAUCUUUUGGAUCCUCCUCUUCCCAACCUAUCUCAUGCAAUCGUUUGCAUCAGAGAUUAGUUUUAUCACCAUCAUUGUUAUGAUUAGCAAUUCAGCGUUACCCAAAGACAUGGGUCUGUGUAAUUCGAUCGGUAUGUUUUUGGUUUCCAUUUCCAGAACAUUUGGUCCGAUUAUUGGUUCGAGUUUGUUGGCCUACACGGUCAGUCACGAUCUCUUUUACCCAUUCGACUACCACUUUUUGUUUGUACUGCUUGCAGUGUUGGCAGUCAUGCUGUUCAUCGUCUCGUUUAAGCUUCCAUUCAGUCUCAACUAUCCAAAAGAUAUUGCCAUUCAAAUGGAAGAAAUGGGUCCAAAUGCCAAACCUCCUCCACUUUCUGCUCCAGUCCAUUAA